CAACGGCCGGGAUGCUAUGCCAGAACGAUUUCGCUGAUUUCAAAAACCCUAGCCCAAAUUUCUCCUUAUAUUAUUCUUCUUCCCCAAAUUUCCAAUCUUUCACAUACCCCAUAGAGCAAACUAGUUUUCGUACUUUCUUUAUCUGAAGAACAAACUAGACAUGAUCGGAGCAAAGCGUUUUGGAGGCCCCGACUCUAAAUCUGACCUCACCGAAUCUGCUUUCCAGAACAAAAGAGUGAUGGCAGGAUCACCUUUUGAUACGAAUAGGGCAGAACCUUCUCAGAGACAAUCAACAGAGACACCAAACUUGGAUACGGGUCGAGCUGAAUUAUCCAGGCAGCACGUGAGAGCUCUAAAUUCUCAGUUUGCAAGUUGGGUUCAGACGCAGCUACAGGACCAUCCUGAUGAACUUUGGGAAGAUGGAGUGCAAGAUUAUCUUACUCAUACUUCAAGCAUAAUGGAGAAAUUUAGUGAUGUUGUAAAGUGGCUCAAAGCGAAUGCUGUUAAAGAAGAGAAUAAAUUUGGAAUUCAUACUGUUCAGAAAAAAAUUGUUCCAGAAAAUAAGGAAAAUGUGGUCAAACCAGUUGAGGUGAAGAAAUCUGCAUUUAUUCCAUCAGAUACGGCUCCAAAUGUUUCCACUACAUUGAAUUUCGGUGGUCCAUUCAGUAGCCAAAAGUCUCCUUUUUCAUUUGGUUUGACUCCCAAUCCGAGUACUCCUUUUUCUACUCCAAAUGUGGCUGCUCCCUUUUCAUUUGGCUUGACUCCCAAUCCGAGUACACCUUUUUCGCUAAGUGUACCUACUGCCUUUUCUUUUGGAAACCAGAGUUCAUCUUCAUUGAACCAGGAUGCUUCAAAGGAUACUGCUGCUGAUGAUGGGGAUGAAGAGCCAGAGCAGCCAAGCAGCCCUUCAGUUAAAAAGACUGAAGAAAAGGGUAUCAUUGUUGCACAUGAAGUCAAAUGCAAGCUUUAUCUGAAGUCAACUGAUCCUGCCGAUAAGGAUGCAUGGAAAGAUAGGGGAACUGGUCAGCUCUAUAUUAGAUGUAAAGAGGGUGUUAAAAAGGGCACAAGAGAGUCCCAACCAAAUAUCCUCAUUCGCAACGAUGUAGGUAAAGUGUUAUUAAAUGCAUCGCUCUAUCAAGGCAUCAAGACUAGUAUGCAGAAGAAUGCAAUCGUCGCAAUAUUCCAUACUGCGGCUGAAAGUGGUGAAGCCUCCGAUGAUAACAAUGUCGUUGCCAAGACAUUCUUAAUAAGGAUAAAGACGGAAGAAGAUAGGAAUAAGUUGGCUGCAGUUAUUCAGGAAUACGCUCCGACUGUUUGAACAGACAUCGAUGAAAUUCCCAACAGAUUGCCAUUGCAACUGUUGAACAAUUAGAUCAACUUCAUGUUAUCUUUGUCUUUGUACUGUUUUUUUAAGAUUUUGUGGUUAUUAAUAUGCAAGUUGAUCAUGUCUUUUUCUGUAUAAGAAGAUUGAGAGACCAGAUAAUUAUUAAAUGUACCAUAGAGGUAAAAAAAAUAUUUUUUAGCAUUUUGUUGACUAUAUACUUCAGUGAUUCGGUACCAUAUGGAAAGAAGUUUUAUGUUGUUUUUG